GCGCGUUGCACCGAUGCAGAUCGCGGCGGCGGGUCCGUCUGUAAUGGUGCCAAGCGUCCGGCCAUGGCGCCACGCAGUCGGUCUUUUGUACGUUGUGGGGUCGGUCGGCCUCAGCUUCUACAGCCUCUCACUCUUUGUCCCGUAUCUACAAAACGAUCUCUUUUGGCGUGGCUUUGCUACACUCAACACUUCGGCGGCGCUUCGAUAUGUCUACAACCGCGCGCUCAUCUCGUUCAACGCGACAUCAAGAGUCCUCGACGUCGAGGCGCUGCCGUGGUCGGAUCCGUACUUGGUGCUACCAACGUACGGGCGGCAGCUGCUGUACCAGCACAUGACGGCGCUCCCAACUGCGAUUGCGAGCCUGCGCCGUCUCGACAGCAGCCUUUUCACGUUUCUGCCGACAAAAUACUGCUGGCUGGACUUGGAGCGGCGCUGGGAAAUGGGCGUCACGACCGCCACGCAGGCCAGAUGCGUGGCCAACGACAGGGCCAAUGGCGCUGCGUACCUCGAGGCUGUCCUGCGCAACAUGGAUUUUGAAGCGUGGUACGCCCAAAACGGCCAGCGCUUCGACAUGCGCGUGCUCACACCGCUGAAUGCGAGCGCUGCCGGCAGUGCGUGGUCGACGCGACUCUUUGCCCACACGUUUCUCGACGUACCGAGCGAAGUACGUCUCUGGGAAGCCCACGGCAUUGCCUCGUUUCAGCUGCUCUACUCGAAUCACUACGAGGUCGGCGUCCUCGAAACCAUCGCGGUCGAGAACGCCCUUGGGGUUGUGUCGUCGUUUACGAUCAAGUCGAUUGCGUCCGUGCAGCGCGGGACGCCGUCCUGGACCACCGCACUGCUCACGGGCAAUUUUGAGUUUGAGCUGCAAGGCCCGGGCGUCAACCAGAGUCUCGUGCGCCACACGCCCCGCUUUUACGGCGACAUUGAUCCGACGCAGGUCCAAGUGUACCUGCUCGGGCCAUUCCGAGGACCCAUCAACGACGUCGUGCAUGCGCAGAUCGGGAUGCUCAACAACCUUCGUCUGCGCUGGGUGCCGCCACCGCCCGACUUGAUUGGUGCGGUGCAGAGCUUUGACGCUCUCGUGCUUGCCGCGCUGCAGUCGAAUGCCGCAUUUGCACGCGCGUACAACGCCGUGCCGGCUUCGAUGGAGCUGCCACCGCCAUUGUGGACAGAUGCACCGACCGUCUACUUUGGCGGCAACCCCAUGUGUGCCAAGCAGCUACCCCUUCACUUCACGUGGACACGGCAGAGCAGUCUCUUUGUCGUUGCCAACGGCGUGAACACGUCGCGUCUCUGCUCGAUCGACGCAUGCACCGCGUACCUCGCGUCGGUUGCCGCCGCUGCCGAGCUCCUUGGAACCAUCUCGGCCGCGCUACCAGCCUCCGUGAUCGACUCGGACGUCGGGCUCAUGCAGUUUGCCGCGCCGGCGUCCAACGACUCGGACAUUUCGCUACAGACGCAGCGCCUCUUUGCACCGAUGUGGCGUCCGCACGGCGUCGCCUGCGCGUACGACUGGGUGCAGAACGUCCGCGAGGUCGUCUCGUUCGAAGGCGACGUGCGCUCGCUGCAGCUCAUGUCGGCCGCGUACACGGGGGCGUCGACAACAUUUGCACCGCCGCGCGUGAGUUUGGGCAGCUACCUCUUGGCCAUGACGGCCGUGGUCACCGGUGUGCUCUGCCUCGUCGCGGCUGCGAUUGUCUCAUGGGCUCCCGCGCGCUAA